UGCACCUUCCUCCAGAUUUUAGCAAAUAAUUACCUACAUUAUUGUUCAACCAAAUUUCCAGAUUGGUAAUCGAAAAAGAAUAAAUUUGAAAAUCAGACACACUACAAUGUCGACGUCUUUCCAAGAGCACUAUCCAUGGACCGGCCGUCCGCUAAUAGCCAGCGCUGCUAUGGGAGGCUAUGCUGGACCUGCUCUAGCAACCGCAGUUAGUCGAGCUGGAGGCAUUGGGUUUAUCGGAGCUCUAAGGGAUGUGGCAAUACUGGACCAGCAGCUUACUUCCGCAAAAGCCUCAUUGCAAAACGACGACCUCAAAGUUGCGAGUGAAUCGACGCUGCCUAUUGGUGUAGGAUUUCUGUUGUUCGCAACGCCGCUUGACGAUGCCUCUGUGGUGAUCGGUCGACACAAACCAGCCAUCAUAUGGCUUGCCUGUCCUGCUCAAGAGCAAGAUUUUGGGACCUGGAGUAAAGCCAUGAAGAAGGUAUCUCCGUCUUCUCGGAUCUGGAUCCAGGUUGCAAGUGUUUCUGUCGCGCUCCGCGUGGUUUCAACGUGUUCGCCGGAUGUUCUGGUCAUGCAGAGUUCCGACGCUGGAGGUCAUGGACCAUUCCCAGGAGCCGGGAUUGUGAGUCUUGUCCCGGAGACUCGGGAUGCGCUCAACAGAGGAGGUUUCUCAGAAAUUGGAGUCUUCGCUGCUGGAGGAAUGAGUGAUGGCCGAGGAGUGGCUGCCGCACUUGCCUGUGGUGCUGACGGAGUGGUGAUGGGGACUCUCUUUUUGGCUAGCAAGGAGGUUGAGCUUCCUGCCAAGGAGUUCCGUGAGGCCAUCCUAAAGACGAAUGAUGGCGGUAUUUCCACAGCUAGAUCAGCGGUGUUCGAUCAGCUGGCAGGGAAAAGCUUUUGGCCCUCGGAGUACGACGGAAGGGCAAUUGCCGGGGCGAGUUAUAAAGACUUCAGGAGUGGUGUUGGUAUUGAAGAAGUUCAGAACAGAUAUGCCAUUGCGGCAAAAGAAGCUCAUAAAGGCUUUGGUGAAGAAGUGAGAGCAGCAAUUUGGGCGGGAUCUGGCAUUGGACUUGUGACAGAGGUGAAAACAGCAGGCGAGAUUGUGACGGAGUGCAGAGAUUUGGCGAGACUGUGCCUUCAAAAGGCUAUCAAAUGCUUGUAACGUGGUUCUUAGCUGAGACUAUCAGCUCAAAUUCUCAAGAUGAGAAUAUGAAGGAUGAGAUCCCC